ACCAAUGUUACAUGUUUUUAAAUAUUAUACUUUCGUUUUCCAUGUAUAAAGUAUUGCAUGCAUUUACACCAAUCGCGUACUUCGAUUGACACAAUGACCUAACGGAAAACGGAAUAGAAAUUUAAAAUUAGACAUCAGUUGGCAACCGGUCAGGUGGUUUAAUGUUUUGGAUAUAAACAAGCGACAUUCAAUAUGCUGCGGAAAUCUAUGCAAAUUCUGCGAGCGAUGAUUGUGACGGAGGUGGUAUUGAACAUCGCCUUUCUGCUUGUCACCGCUUUUUGGGUGUUUAAACGACAUUCCAACAUCGCAAUCACUGAGACUGAGACAAAGAUCUGCUCACAAUGUGAAUAUUUGAUACCUCUUCGAGAGAUUUCAACCGAGACCCCAGGAUACGUAGACAAGCUAAAGUCAUUGGAAGAUAACAAACUAUGUUGUGGAGAUGCAGCGGAAGUGAUCGAACUAGCUGCUAGAAAGAACGUCAUUGACAAAUUUUAUGAGCAAUUGAGAGACAAUGUUCCUGUGGAUGCUGUAUGUGAACCUCAACUUCUGCCUGACACACCGCAGGGGUUGAUAGUGGGUGUUGUGAAGGUUGACCCGACACAUUCAAAAGGAUUUCAUCGUCUUCUCUGGAACAAGAAUACAAGAACCAUUACAAAAGGAGGGCUUAUGCAUUUGGAAGAAGAAGGAGAAAUAUUCAUCAGAAAACCAGGCAAGUAUUUUGUGUCGGCGAGACUUUAUAUCGACUCCAACUCAUCAUCGAUGGUUUCCGUGGGCGACUCGGUGGUUUCCGUGGGCGACUCGGUGGUUUCCGUGGGCGACUCGGUGGUUUCCGUGGGCGACACCGUCACACUAAGAAUGUCCGUACUGUCGCACCAGCUGGGCUACUCCCGUGUCGUCCUCGAAAUCAAACGAAACAUCGGGGACGAAAGAGCUUGGAGCACACCAGUGCAGUUUGGCGCCCUGUUUGAUUUCUACGAGUAUGACAGGGUGUCGCUGUCUAUAUCUCACCCAAGCUUUGUUGCUCUGAACGGGACGGAGGAUCAGUUUGUAGCAACAUUCGUAGAAAGAUAAGCACGUGAUCCAGUAAGAUGGAACAUUCAAUUUUGUGAUAACAAUAAAAGAUACACUUUUUCAAUGAAGUAUAUCACGGAGCGUAUAUUGACUCUCAUUACGGAUUCUAGAGAUGUCACUAUACGCUUCGUGCUCUCAUCUAGAGUCCGUGAGUAUGCAUAUACAUGUAGAACACUAAUAUGUUUACGAUUUUUAUUUUUAUUCUGCCACUGUUUUUAAAUGAUUUUAUAAAUAACUUAUCAAAUUGACAAUAGAUAUGUGUAGACAACCAUGAAUGCAUAUACCAUAAAUGCCAUAUAUUGUUUUCACUAAAAUACCCAAUACUUUGUUUUACAAUAUACCGAUUUAUUUUUGAGGUUUAUAAUUUGAAUGACCAGUGACUUUUCUUUGUAUAUUGUAUGUGACAUUUCGUGUAUACUCGUGGAUUUAUUGCCUACCGUAUUAUCAAAUAAACUCAAACUAUACAAUUUAUAAAUAAAUUAAUAUUUACCAACAGAA